AUGCUUAAAUUUUUUUUUUAUAAUCUUUUUUAUAUUUUUCUUUAUUAUAAAGGAAUAAUAUCAGAUAAUUUUAAACUUAGAAAUAAUGAAAAUUUUAUAGAACUUCUUCAGAAAAAUGGAAAUUAUAAGAUCGAGAUAUUGGAACCUGAAUGUACAUCAGAAAGUAAUGUAAGUAGUGAUCAAAUUAAGGAAUCUUAUAAUUUUGAUAGAAAAGAAUUUUUAAUGCAUGAUUUUGUUGUUGUCAAAAAUUCCCAAUUUUCUAAUGACACUGCUUUAGAGCUUUAUCAUCUAAAGGAAAAAAAAAAAACAAGUUAUUUGGUUUUAACAUUUUAUAUAGGAGAUUUUAAAUUUCCAGAAGGUGAUUCUUAUGAGGCAAAUUUAAUUUUAAAUGUAGUACCAGUUAGUACAAAAAAUACCUGUAAACAUAAUACCUAUAUUGUCAGUUUAUUAAAAACUAUUGACGUAAAUAAUCCAUCUGAAUUUGAAAUUUCCAAAGGACCUCUAAAGAUUACAAUUAGUAAAACUUCUGGAAGUUUUAGAAUUAAUGUAACUAACUUUUUCAAGGAUGAUAAAUGGAGGGCUUUUUCAAAAAAUAAAAUUUCAUUUUUACUAAAACCAGAAGAUUAUUGUUAUACAAAAUUAGAGAAUAAAUUAAAUAAACCAUCAUUAAUAGUUGAAAAAAAAACUAUUUUUUACACAGAAUGGGGAGAAUGGUCAUCAUGCUCAAUGACUUGUGAUCAUCCAGAUAACGUUCAAAUAAGAGAAAGACAAUGUAUACGUGAAAAUGAUGAUUGUUUUCAAGGAGAUUUAAAAGAAUCAAAAAUGUGUGAAGCUAUUUUACCAAAAUGUAGUGAUACAAUAAGUAAAAGCAAUGGUUUUUCAACUUUAAAGAUUAUUUUAAUUAUUUUACCAUUACUUCUUAUUAUAUGUAUAUUACUUAUAUUGUAUCAUAUAUUCUAUAGAAAAAAGGGAGCAGAAAAAGAAUUAUAUGAAAACGUAGCAGGAAGAUUUAUGUAUGACUAA